AUGGCUCUGAUGGAUGCGAAUUUAAGUAACAGACAAUGCAAAAGUGAGGUCCCUGACCCAGUUUUCAAUUCACCAGAAACCUCCAGUUUCAACAGCGAAACUAAAAGUUAUAGCUGUGGAAAGCCAGAUCCGCGGUCAAGAAAACGACAUUUCAUUUAUCAGUAUGUGGAACUUCAGGAUAAUAACACCGGCAUCUGUUGCAAAUGCGGACAAGUUAUUAAUGGAGCUAGCGCUGGGAAUAUACAGUCUCAUUUAAAACAUAAACAUAAAGAAUUUUUUGAGACAGUUGUUGAAGAGGCGAAAAGAAGUCGAAGAUUUGAAGAGGUUUUAAAUUAUGGACGUUCCGAACCAUUAACUCGCAAAUUCGCUAUAAACUUUGCUGUCGUGACCCGCGCACUGACUUUGGGAUUUGCAACCUCAACUACAUCUCUAACUCUGGUGGAGAACGAGUUUUUCAAGAAAGCGCUGGAAGGAUUAGGGUAUAAGCUGCCGCAUCGUCAAAUUUUACGACAAAAUAUAUUAGCAGAGGCAGCGUUUAUGCAGGAAGUUAUACGAGAUCGUCUUAAAAAAGCCACUACUAUUGUUGUAUCAUUUAACAACAUGAAGAAAAUACAAAGUUCAUCCAGCUAUUUGAACAUCAUGUUCCAGUACUGUGAUCAGAAGGACGGAAUAUACGAGACAAUGCUUUUUGACGUAAUAUCUUUGCAUACGGAAAUCACUGCUGCAUCCGUCAAACAACUGGUAGCAGAAUCUUUGAGAAAAUUUGGUAUUGCAUACCCAAACAUUUUUUGGUUCGAAGGUGACAAUGGAUCAUACAUAAAUUCUGCUAUUGUUGAUGCCAAGGAUGAUUUUCUGGCUCCAAAAACGACAGGUACUUGUGCUGACGUAUUUGCUGAGGCAGGGAUUAAUUUCGAGGAGUAUGAAGAAGAAGAUUUUUUUGACAACGAUAUUGCCGACUACAACUCGGAAGCUGAAGAUACGGAAUUUCAUCAGCAUUUUAUACGGUAUCAUCCUUGUGCGGUUCACACGCUAAUGCGUGUCUUAAAGUCAUCGACCACUGCAGUUGGCAUUGUACAGAAGUUGUUGCAAAGUGCAGUGACGAUCAUUGAAGAAAUUGACUCGUCGUUCGAGUUGACCCAAGCCUUCCUUCAAGAAACCAAUGCUACUAGGCGCCUAACUGUACCACCUGAUAGCGGAUGGCUUAGCAUCUACUACACUUUCAAGUAUUUUAUUUCUUUUCGUUUUUAUCGCUUAUUAAGUAGGAAGCGUAUGGAAGUUUUAAGUAUAAUCAGACGUUUCUAUGACUGUAAGGAAGCUUUGAAGUCUGUUUGCGAGAAAUUUCACCUGACGACUUUGUCGGAUAGCGACUUUGAAUUAAUAAAUGAAGUUGCUAAAAUAUUGGAACCAUUUGUUGAAGUUAUCAAUCAGUGGAAACAAGACGACCUGCCGACAGUUUCAUUUAUUAUUCCUUGUGUCCUGCUGCUUGAAGAUCAUCUCAAAUAUGCCUUUACUACUGGACAGAGUCAAAAUGAUUCUCUUUAUCUGCUUUCAACGUUUUUGGAUCGUAGGACAUGCGCUCUGUUGCCGUUCGAUAGACAAAAGGUCGCCGCUGAUAUGUUGAAAGCAAUGAUUAGGCAAUACGACAGCUCGAAACCACCAGUUACACCCCCGGAUGCUCAACCAAGUUUCACGGACAAGUUGUAUUCCAGGUUCAUGUCGUCAAGGAUAAUAGAAUCAGCGAAGCUUGACUCAGAAACCGAUGAGGUUUCGCAGUACUUGAGUAAUUAUGGUUUGAAGCCAGUUGUUGGUUACUUUAACCCACUGAAAUUCUGGAUCGAUAAUUCUAAACUUUUCCCUGAACUAUCAAACUUGGCGUUUAGCUAUCUCUCUGUACCAGCUAGUUCCGUGAAUGCCAAGAGGUCGGCCCAGCUGUUAAAGCUGUAUGAUUCGGGAAAUCGAGGAAAAGAUGAUGAGGAGAUAAUGAGAGCUAAAGCUCUCCUGACGUUUAAUCAAAAAUUCCUUAUUCAACAGAAGUGA